UGGGGCAGAGUCGCUGUGGGUGUGAGUCAGAGAAGUCGUGUGGGAGGAGUUAAAGUAAGAUGGCUGCGGGAAAGAGAAGAGUGCUUGAGAAAUCAUCAAAUGGGAUGUUUAUAUGUCGCUAACAGGAUGCACAGCAGCCCGAACGAAGGAGUGGUUCAUUUGUUAGCUUCCCCGGCUCAGUGUGGUCUAGCUCGCUGGUUGUCUCCAGGUUACUUGCGUGCUGGUCAUCCGUUUACUGCUCUGACAUUGUGGAAUUCAUUAGCAGCUAGUCGUUAGCAACCCACCAGCGCUAACUUACUAGCAACCAGCUAGCAGGUAUCUGUGGAAAUCAGCACCUCGCAACAACUGUUGAGACUCCUACAAACAUCCAAGUGCAGAGUGCCCGUCCUGACUGGCUAUGGAGUGGUGUUGGCUUCAGACUGGAUGACAGGGUCUACAGGGAGGACAGGGUCACUCAGAUUCUAAAGCAGCAUGGGUCCAGCAUGAGCUGGCUGAGCAGGUUGAACCCUCGGGGUCCUGGGAGUCGGUCCGGCCGGAGCGCCGCCCCCUCCAGCCCGUGCACUGCAGACCCGGAGACCUGCCUCAUGGUGUUUAAGAACCACUGGAGACAGGUCUCUUGGGUGUUGGAGCAGCACGAGCCUUCAUCCUCCAGCGAUGACCUGACGGCAGUAAGGAAUCACACCGACCAGAUGUUAUGUCUGCUGGCAGAGGAGCGGCCUGCUGAGAGCUCAGAGGGCGGUGCCAGCGUGGCACUUAUGGGCCCCAUACUGGAGCUGGUGGUCACCGAGAAUAUUCUGGAAUGUCUGGUUCAGUGGCACCUCCGCCGCGGCCUGGACCCAGACAGCCAGGGGGCGCUGCUCAAGCUGUUUGAGAUGCUCAUCGGCCAGUCCCAGCAGCCUCUGCUGCAGCACACAGCCGUCCUCCACCCCCUGCUGAGGCUGCUGGGAGCUUGCGCUGACUCAGAACUUGGUUGUCCUUCGGCCCUGGAAAACAGCCUGGUACUGCUGCUCAACCAGGUCUGUGUGUCCAUGGCCCGGCAGCCUGUGGUUCUAGAGAUGUUGUUCCGGGCGGCGCCGGCUCAGCAGGGCUCCACCAAUCUGUUGAUCUUCUCCCUCCUCGUGCCAUUCAUCCACCGGGACGGAGCCAUCGGACAGCAGGCCCGAGACGCGCUGCUGCUGGUCAUGGCGGCCUCGGCCAGCAAUGAGGCCGUGGCACGUUACAUCGCUGAGAACUCCUACUUCUGCCCGGUGUUGGCGACCGGCCUCAGCGCUCUCUACUCCUCUCUGCCUAGGAAGAUUGAAGUUCGAGGAGACGACUGGCAUGCCCUGCGGCGGGAGGACUGGAUUGGUGUGUCAUCGCUUGUGCUGUUCAUGAACUCACUGGAAUUCUGCAACGCUGUGGUGCAGGUUGCUCAUCCCCUGGUCCGCUGCCAGCUCCUGGACUACCUCCACAAUGGCUUCCUCGUACCUGUCAUGGGCCCCGCACUGCAUAAGUCGUCGGUGGAUGAGAUGAUCGCCAGCACCGCCUACCUGGACCUUUUCCUGCGCAGCGUGUCAGAGACUUCCCUCCUCAAAACCUUCCUGCGCUUCAUCCUGCUGCAUCGCCACGACAAUGACACCAUCCUGGACACACUGCUCACACGCAUCAGCAGCAAUUCAAGGCUCUGCAUGGUAUCGUUGAGCCUCUUCAGGACUCUUCUCUCCCUGAAUUGUGAAGACGUCAUGCUGCAGCUCAUUCUCAGGUAUCUACUACCCUGUACCCAUGUAAUGCUGAGUCAGCGUCGUGCUAUCAGGGAGGCUGAUGUGUAUGGAAAGUCAGCAGACAAGUUUCUGUCGCUGAUUCCAGAGUGCUGCCGGCUGAAUGCAACACCCUCUGGUGAGCGGGACGAGGACAGUGCAUUCUGGGGCAAAGUACUGAACAGUCCCAGCACAGAGUCUCCAGCCCCAGCCAGACCCAGCACCCCAUCCCGCUUAGCUUUCUUCAUCCGCCAACAGAGCAGUGGAGGUGGAUCAGGAGGAGGGGGUCCCUCUACCCCCACCAGCAUGGAGCCGCUGCAGUCUGGUCCAUCUAGCUCCCACCCCCUGUCCCCUGACAGCCCUAUGCAUCAGCAGCAGACUCUCGCAGAGGGUCUGGACUGGGAUUCAGGUUACCUGGAGUACCUCAAGGAUGCCCGGCGGGGCAUUGAGCUUUGCUCCUGGGCCUGCCGUGAUUGGUCGGCACCCUAUGAUGGAGAAAACCCCUCCCCAAACACAGCCUCUCCACCCCCACCUCCCCCUACCUCCAACCCCUCCAUGGCUAUGUUCCCUGAGCACUUCUCUUUUCAGCAGGGAGGAAGCAGUAACACCCCUCCAGGCCAGCAUAGGGCAGCCAUUGUGGCUGCAGCACGAUCCGAGUGGAGCAGCUCAGAGCGGGACAGCGGAGAGUGGGACGUUACUAUCGGCAAAAACAACUGCAUCAGCCUCACACCACGCUCCAAGAAACGCAGCCUGCAGAGAGAGGAGCUCCUGCCAAAGCCUGUACCUCAUCUCGUCCCCCCCUCAUCGUCUUCAGCCACCCCUUUAUCAACUUCCCACCCCGCCUCGUCCCCAGCUCCUCACAUUCCAACUUCUGCCAUCACUGUUAGCUACCAGGCCAUGUAUAACGGAACGGUGGGGCAGGGGGAUGGGUGUUCAGACAAUCGGGACAGAGGACUGGAGGUAAAGAAAGUGAAGAGAGACUUGGGGGAGCAGCAGUAUUUGGAUGAAAACGCAAAUCAAAAUGGAUCCCUUGUCACCUGCCCCUCCCACACUGCUCUCCCACAGUCCAUUUUUAGCAACAGUGAAAUGAGUGAUGCAAAAUCUCUUUGCCCUAACCAGAUUCCCUCUCAGAGCUCCAUCACCCAGCCAGCGCCUGACACCAAAGUGCUGACCAGUGACAUCUCAAACCCACACAGUGCAUCCUCAGAGCUUCCAGAAGCCAACCAGACGCAACAAUCUGUAGAGAGUCUUAUCCAGGAGCUGCUGGAGCAGGCACCAGGAGAACUACACCUCCCUGGAGACUCUAACGGCCAGGGUAUCAGCAUCGAGGCCUUCACACAGGAGCUGAGGGAGCUGGAGGAGCGGGUGAAGGAGCGCAACAGAGCAAGCUGCCAGCAGGAGGAAACUGCCAGAGAGUCCCUGUCUGCUGAGCGGCAGGAGGAGGAACAACAACUGUCCUUGGCCCUGGAGGUGAAGCUGACAGGUGACACAAAGGGAGAAGGGUCUGUGGUGGGCCUCUGUAGUCCUGCUAGACCACUAAAUCAGCCUGCUUCUCAGCCGUACACAGGUCCAUUCAUGGUGGUUCUGUUUGCCAAGCUGGAGAACAUGCUCCAAAACUCGCUGUACGUCAACAUCCUGCUCACAGGCAUCGUGGCCCAGCUGGCCUGCUAUCCUCAGCCCCUCCUACGCUCCUUCCUGCUCAACACCAACAUGGUCUUCCAGCCCAGCGUUAAGUCACUGAUCCAGGUUCUAGGUUCUGUGAAGAACCGUAUCGAGGCAUUUGCAGCCUCACAUGAGGACUUCCCUGCCAUGCUGAAGAAAGCUCAGCAGUACUUGGUGGCCCGAGGCAAAGUGGACUGGACUGACUCGCCUGCAGCAGUUCCUCCCCUGCGGCGCUCUGAUUCACUAGUGAAGAGUCGUAAACCAUCUCUCGGAGACCUGAUCCUUCGUCACACCAACAGCCCGACCCGGGCUCGACACGCCGCUCAGCUGGCCCUUGCACACGUACGGGACGGCGGCCAAUCACUGCACAGCGCUCUGUUCAGGGGCGGUGGAGGCGGAGGGGCCUCUGGCCUGGAGAAGCAAGCUGAGGCACUACGAGUGAAGAACGCCGUCUACUGUGCCGUUAUCUUCUGUGAGUUCCUCAAGGAGCUAGCUGCCCUGGCUCAAGAGCACGCCGUCAUUCUGCCUUUCCCUCACAGCCAGGAGGCAGAAGAAUAGACGGUCAACUCCUCAAACUCGCUCUUAGCCUCCAUUUCUUUCUUCUUCUUUUUUUCUUUUUUUUUCUUUUUUGGCUGUAAAAAGAGUUAUAUAGGAUUCUCCAAUCACCAGAGGACAGACUGGAGCAGACUGGAGCCACUGAGACUUUUCUGUCACUGAAGUGGGUCGUCUGCAGUGACACUGACAAAAAGCAAGAUGGAAACAGUGGCAUUUUUGUACCAAAAUCAUUAUAGGAUAACUAUAGGACUGGAAGAAUUUUCCUCAUCUUGUAAACUUAUAUGAUAUUGUGCAUAUCAUUAUAUUACAUUCUAUACACAGAAUAUCUCAGUAAAUGCUUGAGAUUUGGGAGCUUGUACAUACACAUACCAUGUCAUGGUAUAAUGUGACACAGUAAAGCCACAGAUAAAAGAAAUAGGUGCACAUAUUGGUGCUAGUCGAUACUCGUUGUCUUUUAAGUUGAAAGGGUGCUUUCAGGCGGCACAGGAGAAGAAGGUUUUGUCCUCAACAAAAUUAUGACAAACACUAAAAAUUGUUUGGCAGGAAAACAUUGAUAGUUUAGGCUAGGCUAAGUGAUCCAAUCAGCUUUGGCCAUCUCUGUACGUCAAACUCAUCUUUGCUUUCGUCACAGAGCUUUUCGUCCACUAUCAAGGACUGGCCAAUAGACAAAGCUCACAGAAAAACAGCAAGUGUUCCUAGUAACAUCUCAAGUGUCCAUUUUAUUUUUCAUCAAUGAAUGAGAUGAAAACUGGAACACACAGGUGAAAGAGAGAGCCACUUUCUCUCCUGUGAAUCAGCACGACCACCACAAUUGUACUGGAAAACUUUGGAUAAUUAAUGCCAUUUUUUAAUGUUUUGUUUUAAACGUGUUUGUCUUUUGCAUUUGCACCAUUUUCUAGACAUAUCAGCAACAUGCGGGAGCAGGUGCGUCUGUCGUUGUCUAUGCGAGUUUAUUUUGACGAAUGACUCCUUUCCAAAAGGUGACGCCAACUCUUCAGGCCAUCAGUAAGCCAUUCACCUGUUGCCAUAAAAGAGGCUGUGGGAUAGAAAAGGAAGCACUGCUUUACAAUUUCAUACCUUUUGUGUGUCAUUUAGUCUUUUUAAAAGACCUGAGAGUCUGCAAGAAAAACGCGAGAAGGGAAGGACGUUUUGUCUAGGGAGCGUUGGCAUGAUUUCCAUUUACUUUGAACUGACAGAAAAAGGUCCUCAUGAGGCAUUCACUGCCUUUUUUUAAACAGAUCUGUUUGUGAGCUAAAGGUGACGCUCGUAAGAAGCGAUCUCCAUUUCAGUUUUUCCAUUUUUGUUUUAGUUAGCUUCAAAAUGUCUCUUUUGGGUGAGACAGGCCAAACUGAACAUACAACUGUUCCACUUGGAACUUAACAUGCUGCUAUUUAUUUAACAGUAACACCCUUUUUUUAUUAGUGUAAUAGCUACUAUCUCUUCAUUUCAUUGUUAGGUACCAAGUAUAAGUGUGUGUGUGUGUGCGCGCGUGUGUGUGUGUGUGUGUGUGUGAGGAUGUGGAGGAGCCAGUGUUGUGAUCGGCCUUUAAUUUAUUUUCUUGUGUCUGAGGUUGAAUGAAGUCACAGCCACACAGUGUUAAAAGCUUUUGCCAAGACAAAAUCUAUUUCAACUUUUUUCCUCAACGUUAAGAAACCUUUUGAGGCUUUGAAUUGUUGGUAGUUUGUUUUAUGAGAUGGUAAUUCUUUAUUUUACAGGUAGGUUAUUUCUUAAUAGUUUUUUCAGUUCUUCUCUGUAAACUCCCCAGGAAAUUAUAAUAAAAUUAUUAGGAAAUAGUGAACCUGUAAAAUGAAGCAUUAGCUGUAUGACUGCAAUGCAAAAUCCAUCUAUGACCCAGCUUUCUGUGAAAUUAUUUGGUUGUCUGCACAUACUAGCCAUUCUCUCUCAACUUUUAGCAGUCGAGAAACUGCUAAAUGUGCCUGCCAUCCUGCAAAGUCUUACUCUUUGAAAUUUAAUAAUUUUUUGACAACUGUUCCAUCUUUCUCAACAAGUUGAGACCUUCUCAAUGUGUCAAAGCCAUAGCCAUGGUUGGCAUGUUUGUAAAUGUAGUACUUCAUUACACUAUAACUCACUUUUCUAAGGAAUUUCUAGACGCAUUUCGUAACACCCCACAGUGUGUUUUUUUUAAAUGCCAUUAGUUAAGAGUUUCUGCAUGCCAAUUAAGGCCAGGUUUAUAAUUAAGUAACAAUUAAGUAGUAUAGAGUAAGUUUUCUAUGGUUUGUGCAAGAGUGCUGAGCUCAAAUUAGCUUCCAUGCAGUAGGUUUUAGUGGUUAGUGAGUCAUCCCGGUGCCUGCAGAGCUCAGAGAACACGUUUCACACUGAAUGUUUGCUCUUGCCUAAUCAAAUUGGUAGAGAAAUCACUUCACACCGUCCAUCUGUUCACCUAGUCUGCUCUACAUCCGUGUUUUCAGAACAAGAUUAAUGUUUCCCUUGCACAGAAAAAAAGGCCAGAGGGUCUCAUUCCUCACCAGGUUCCUCUACUCUACACUCAAGAUUGUGUUUUUAAACUAAACUAUUUUUACAAACAGUUCUGUUAAAGAUAAGUUGUAUUUUGAGCAAUAUGGUAAAUGCUCAGCUUCUCAGUACGAUCACUUACUUGGUCAGUUGGUUAUUGUAACUAAGCAAUUUCAGUGAGUUAUCUGUAUUUUUGUGAUACAUUCGUGGACACCAAAGACAAUCUCAAUACCUGAAACUCCCAGUGUGUCUGUUUAAGCAAUCAUAGACCGUUUCAUGGUACACAAUCUGAAUACUGUAACAAACCUUAUUCAUUUAGCACUUUUUAAAUGCUGAAAGUGCUUUCAAAUAACUCCACAAAAAAAGGUGCCAAUGCCUAACAUAAUAUGCUUACAGUAAACGUUACAUGGCCAAAUACAAGGAAAAUGUUAAAGGAUGGAAACUAUUAUGAUAAAAUUGUACUCACCAAGUUUAUUGGUACUACAACAUUGUCAAAUGAUAGAACCGAUGGCUAAACCUAUGAAAAUAUGACCCAAGCUGUAAUAAACCGGAAUCAUCCUUAAAAAGUAGAUUUUUGUCAGGUGAUGGUUAUUGAACAGGGCAAGGUGUGUUUUUGAGAUUCAGCCCUAAAAAAAGGGAGCUCCUGAGUAACCCUGAGUUGCUGAGUAACUUAAAUUGUUGGCAUUGGUCCUCUGCGACAGAAUUUUUUUUCUGAUUUGGGAUUUCAGCCCAUGCACAUCCUGUCUACACUUCCUGCAGUCAUUUUUCACUGCUUACUGUUUGUAUUUUAUAUAUAUACUGUUGUAUUUCAUUUUUAAGACUACAAAGACAUACAUUUGACAAAGUUUGUAAUGGGGUGGUUUUUUUUAAUUUCGUACCAGGGACUUUGACUUCUUCCCGGAGUUGUUAGAUGACAGACUGUAAGCAGAGCUUAAUUUAGUGCAGCGCUGAUCUGGAAAAAUACAACUCACACACAGUGAAAUAAAACAACUAUAAUCACGGCUGCAUGGUUACUGUGAUGGAUUACCUAGCUUUAUGGAAGUUGUUUUUCAUACUCCACAAGAAUGAAUGGCAGCAAAUGGCUUCCUCUGCUGGUGGGAAAGUGAGCCCUCCAACUGUUCAGACACCAGUAGGGAUUGUGGACAGGGGGAAAGCCUUUUAAAAUACACAAACACCAAUACUGAUUUAAAGUAUUUUAAAUUUACAGUUGGGAAAGGGAUUUUGGCUUUAGACCAUGCAGCACGGCUGGAUGCUGAAGCCAAUUCAGAAAUGUCUUUAACUUCAGUUCCUGUAAUGGCCGCCAGAAACUGUCACCAAAAAUAUCUUCCUGUAAUAAAAUGACAGAGAGAACCAAAUUAACGAACUUAAAAAUUGUUAAAUGUAUGUAUCUACUUACCAUAAGGAGUUAGGGCCUCAAAAUGCAUCAAGUCUUAUGUUUGUGAAUGUGUUGGCUUGAUAAACAGGCGUCUCAGCUGUCAUGGUUUCUGAUUCCUUGUUUCACCUCCACUCUACUCCGACUCCAAUUUAUUUGCUUGAUCACAUUUAGAUUUUAUGACUCUGUUAACUGACAAAGAUGGUGGUGAGUGGUAAACCCAAAGCUAAGCUUCACAAAAUGUUGUGUAAUGUCACAGAUAUUGUGUUUUGUUGUUUUUUUUCCCCCUCAGCUGACUGACUGACUGCUUCAGACAGAUGUACUUGAACACUACAACUGAUCUGUCAAUGAGUUAAAAACAGAAUCUUUCAGAUUGUUUAGUUUUGGCUAAAUUCAGAGCACAUUAUGUUUUGAGUUUCUGUGUUUUGUACAUUCAAGAUGUUACAUGCCAAACCACUGCAAACAGCAAGCCAAAGUUCAACUGUCACGGACUUUCAUUUGAAUUGGAAUUAUAGCACGUCCUUUUGUUUCAGGGUGGGGGAUUGGCUGUUCCAUCACCCUAACACAACUCAAAAGUGGGUAAAAAACCCUCAUAUUUUCACAGCAGCUGAGCUUUGAAAGCUGUGUGCCAGAUGAGGCUUCCAUUUUAACUUUGCAACACAUUUUAGUUCCAGUGCACGUACGGUUUGACAGUAUGUUUCUGCAAGAGAUUUUGACUGUAUGAAUAUAACAAACUGAAACAGUUUUUGCUAUUUAGCUUUGAAAAUGUAUACAGUUCAGCUGAAGGGACUCAGUUGCCUCUUAGAACUUGUUUUCACAUCUGAUUUCGUAACACUUCAUGUACACUUUGUGCCAUGUUUGAAAUUGAUUUUCAUGUGUUGAUUUGUAAUGCGUAUCACGGGAUGUACAGCAUCUUCUCACUUUUCCUUUUUCUUUGAAACGCUUUGACUUUUCACCCUUGACUGAUUUCUCCCCUGUGAUCUAUGCAAUGCUCUGGUGUCCCCCGUUUGAAGUUGAAAGAUGAUGUGGACAGAUUUAAUGUGUAAAUAUUGUAAAAAGCAAUGGGUCAAAAAUGCAGAGGUAUGUGAAAUAACUAACGGGACAGAAUGGAAAUCAUGCUAAGAAUAAUGUAAUGAUGAAUGUUGUCAGAAAUAUUUUUCUAUAUUUUGAAAUCAUUAGAAAAAAGGACAAAAAUACAAAGUUGGGAAAAGCUGUUAGAAGAACACUACAAAGGGAAUGUUUUUAUUAAUUUAUAAAUUCUUUGCCUAGCAAUA